AUGGCAAUCUAUGAUCUAGUGUUUCUAUUGGUCAACACAGUUUUUAUUAGCAUGGAUUAUUUCCAUUUCGGAGUUACAGGACUGAAUGACUGGCAUGACGCUUAUGUCAGUCUCGCUCAACCUUUUGUCAGUGCAUUCACUAAUGUGGCUAUCACAGGGUCAGUGUACACGACGGUCAUCUUGUCAAUUGACAGGACAAUCGGAAUUCAGUUUCCUCUCCAAUGGCACCGAAUCUGCAGCAGUCGCCGGGUCAAGGUCGCGCUGUGUGUCGUGUUCUUCACGUCGGCCGUCUUGAACGUGCCUAUGAUGAUGGAGGACCGCUGGGAGUACCACACCAAGGAGUGGUCCAACGUCACGGAGUUCCAGUCCGUCAGUUCUGAGUACUCCAAGACUUACUUUCAUAACGAGGUAUACCUCCGCUACAUCAACCCAAUCUUCGAUGCCUUCGUGCCCGUCAUCGCCAUCUCCACCAUCAACGUCAUCAUCGCUAGAUCACUCCAUCAACGUAGUCGUCUCCAGAAGACCCUGAUUAGCUCUGACCCCACCCAAGACUUAAAAUCCACAGAAACCAAACGGAUCACUUCCAUGGUCAUCUGUAUAUCAUUGGAAACUUUGAUGACCCGCACCACACGUAUGGUCAACUUCAUCAUUCAGGGCUACUACGGCACAGCCUACGUCAACGCCUGCCCGCUGUACUGCGGCGUCAUUGCCGCUCUGGCCCACUUCCUCACCAUCACCAACGCCACCUUCAACUUCUUCUGUUUCUGCUACUUUGGCUCCAAGUUCCGGCGUUGUUUUUUACAGCGGUUAAAAAACAUGGGUGUACACGCCCCAAGUGUGAGCGAGAGAAACGUGAGGACUAAUUCAGAAGGACAAAAAGAAAGAGAGAAACGGCAAGAGUGGCAGAAAGAAACAGAGAGAGACUUGAUGAGAAAGAAUGGGGAAGACAGAGAGAGAGGGAGGAAGAGAUAG